GUCGCUUCCAAAUGUAGAUUCCUCGACGAAACAGACAUGCCACGAAGACAUUCAUUUGACAACGUUUCGAUCAACCAAGCACCGAGUGUGCGCUCAACGUGUUCAAGUGCUUCAAGUACAAUAAAACGAGUGGAUUCAACUCUUGCUCUCCUGAGGCCAGAAGGAAGACUCGAUGAGGAGGACGAGACACAGUCGUUCACAAGCUCACACUGGGACACAGACCUUGAAGAUGAUGAUCUUUCCGAUGAGGAUGAAACUCAGUCCGCUAAGAAAUCGUAUCUGAGGGUAUGUGAAGAUUUGGGGGUUACCCCGGUGUCCAGAUUCGAGAGGGAAAUUGGACAAGAUGAAAUAAAGAUUAAUCAUCGAUUUCUGAGAGAGAUGGGCACUAGAGCGAUUACCUCAGUUCUCCUAGGAAACAAAACAACUUCCAGAUUACACGUGGCAUUUAACGAGCUUAAUAUAAAGGGUGGAAUAUGCAUUGGGAAACUGUUGUCCAAGAAUAGGGUUCUCACUGAACUAAAUCUGGCGAACAACAAAAUCAGACGAGAAGGGAUCAACGCCAUAGCAGAAGCUUUACCAAGUAACUCUGUCAUAAGAAAGCUAGAUCUCUCUGGUAAUGGGUUGGAAGACAAGGAUGCUGAGAUGCUGGCUGAAGGCAUCGAGAACAACAGUUCUUUGCUUUGCGUGAACCUUAGUUACAACAAGCUUUCGGAGGCUUCUGGAGUUUUCUUUGGAAAUGCCCUUACUUACAACAACUCCGUUCUUGAACUGGAUUUAAGCUGGAAUCACAUUCGUAGGGGUGGAGCAGAGGCCAUUGCUAAGAGCCUACGAUACAACGACUCCUUAGAAAAAUUGGAUCUUUCUUGGAAUGGAUUUGACGACAUUGGUACUGUAGAAUUCGGGGAAUCUUUGAAACGAAAUUCAACGAUCAAAGAAUUAAACUUGAGUAACAACAGGCUCUCAGAUGAAGGCUUAAAAAACAUUUCAAAAGGACUGGAAGGGAGUGAAAAAUUAGAGAAACUGAACCUUAACCACAAUUUAAUUUUCAACGCUUGUCAAGGAGUAAACAAGAUCUUUGAAAUGUUAAACAAGAAUGGUGCGCCAGCAUUGAAGUUUCUCGGAAUUCUGAACAUAAAGCUGGACCAUGACUGCGAAGUUUUACUUAAAAAAGUUUUGGAAAAGCGGGGAAAGAGCUUGGUGGUCCAUCACGGCUGCAAAAAGAGGGACACAUUUGUGAGCAAGAAGAAGGAGACGAAUCCUUUUGAUUUCCUUAAAGUAUACCUAAAUAAAAACAAGAUUCACGCUUCGGAUUUGUUCAAGCGCUUAGAUCCUGACUGUCAAUUCCGUGAUAGCCUGUCUCGAGAGGAUUUCAUUGACGGAAUGAAGCGUCUAAAGGUUAUGAGUGACUUCUAUCUUGACAAGCUUGUGGAUAUGCUCGAUGAGGACGGAGAUGGAGAAAUUGAUUACAGUGAAUUUGUCAAGAUGUCUUAG